AUGGCGGUGCGAGAGGUCUCCCUGCACGACUCCUUUCGGCUUCUUCGCAGCCAUCUACCCAGCUUCCUGGACAAGGCCGGUGGCAAGAGCCUGGUGGUGUGGGUUCCGGAGACUGCGCCCGUGGGCCCGGCAGAGCCCUUCAAGUGGACUUUCACCAAGUCGGGCAGCUGCACCGUGCUCCCGGACCACCUGCAGACCUCGGAUGUGCUGGAUAAAGCCGGGCUGGUGGGGAAGGGCCUUGACGAGGCCGGGGUCCGCGCUUGGCUGGCCGACAAGGCCGGCAAAGAGUGCGCCGUUGGCCGCGUCCGGGGUGUGCCGUCGCACUGGACGGUGAUCCAGGACGGCAGCUGUCCUCACCGGGAGAACGAGCAGCCGCUCCAGGUUUGUAGCGUCCGCGAUGGGGAGCAGGUGACCUACUCCCAGAAGUCCCUACUGAUUCCGCUCCACGACGCGGAAGCAGCAUCUGCGCAAGACGUCUUGGUGCAGGCUCUGGUCAUGUUCUGCCGCGCCCUGCACAUCACGGAUCUAGACGUGCGAGUAUGUCGCGCUGGCGACUCGGUCUGCGUGACCUGGGCCGCUCUCCAGCUCGACGAGACUGCUGGCUACCUCUGCGCCGAGCGCUGGGGAAGCUGCCGCUUCCCCGUCGGCUUCGGGCGCCCGGAGCUGCCCGAGGAAAAGGCGGUGCAUGACCUGGACGCCAGAACAGGAGCUUCCCUGAAGUUCACCCUCCUGAACCGCCAGGGCCGCGUCUGGACCCUCAUCGCGGGGGGCGGGGCCAGUGUGGUGUACACGGACACGAUCUGUGAGUAUGGCUACGCCAAGGAGCUUGCCAACUACGGCGAGUACUCCGGUGACCCUCCUGAAGACUUUGUGUAUGAGUAUGCCAAAGUGAUUUUGGGCGUCAUGACCUCGUCUCCCGAGCCUCAUGGGAAGAUCCUGUUGAUCGGGGGCGGGGUGGCCAACUUCACGGACGUGGCCAGCACUUUCAAGGGCCUGGUGAAGGCGUUGAAGGAGUUCGGCCCUGCUUUGAAAGCCUGCGGCACGACUGUUUGGGUGCGCAGAGGAGGGCCAAAUUACGCAGAGGGCCUGGCCAACAUGCGAAAAGCCUGCGAGGACAUCGGCAUCCCCGCGCAGGUGUAUGGUCCUGAAGCUCACCUCACAUCCAUCGUGCGGGACGCCCUGCUGGACAAAGCUGCCAGGGAGGGCACCAUGCCGGCCCCGGAUGUUAAGAUCCGGCAAGUCGACACUGCUAAGAGGCAAAGGCGAGGCAGCAACAGCCUCAUGGAGUUUACUUCCGAAACACAGGCGUUUGUGUACGGAAUGCAGACGAAAGCAGUCCAGCGGAUGCUGGACUUCGACACUUUGUGCGGGCGGAAGACAGCCAGUGUGGCUGCAAUAAUCAACCCAACUGGUGAGGCCACGUUUGAAAAGUUCAUGUUUGGCUCUGCAGACGUUCUGAUCCCUGUGUACACCUCGUUGGCAGAUGCCGUGGACAGGCAUGGCAAGACGCCCAAGAUGCUGGUCAACUUCGCUUCCUUCCGCUCCGUGUAUGACGCCACUCUGGAUGCUUUGAAGUACGCCAGCGUCAUCAAGACGCAUGCAAUCAUCGCAGAGGGUGUUCCAGAAGCUCUGACACGACGGCUGCACAUCGAGGCGGAGAAGGCGGGGGUCGCGAUCAUCGGGCCGGCCACCGUGGGCGGCAUGAUGCCGGGGCGCUUCCGCAUCGGCAACGCCGGGGGAGCAGUGGAGAACCUGCUGCUGGCGAAGCUGUAUCGGCCUGGAUCCGUAGGCUACACCACGAAGUCCGGGGGUAUGUCGAAUGAGCUCAACAACAUCGUGGCUCUCAACACCGACGGAGUGAGAGAAGGUGUUGCCAUCGGAGGCGACAGGUGGCCGGGGCUCCGCUUUCUGGAUGUCCUGCUGCGCUUUGAGGCGGAUCCGGACGUGAAGAUGAUGGUGCUCUUGGGGGAGGUGGGUGGCCGCGAGGAGUUCCUUGUGGCGGAAGCCCUGCAAGACGGCCGCCUCACCAAGCCGCUCGUCGCCUGGUGCUGCGGCACCGCGGCCGAGGCCUUCGACUACGACGUGCAGUUCGGCCACGCGGGCGCCCGGGCGCGCGCGGCCGACGAGACGGCCGGUGCCAAGAACCGGGCUCUGGCGCAGGCUGGCGCCCACGUUCCCCGGAGCUUCGACGAGUUCGGGGACCUCAUCGCGCUGGUCUACCAGGCUUUAGUCAAGGCAGGCUGCGUCAUCGUGGCCAGCGAGCCGGCCGUGCCAAAGCUUCCGAGCGACUUCGAGUCGCUUCGGAAGAAAGGCCUGGUCCGUAAGCCUGCCAACUUUGUCUGCUCGAUCUCCGACGACCGCGGGGCGGAGCCAACCUACGCCGGGGUGCCCAUCUCAGAGAUCGCCAAAGAUGAGGAACUGGGCAUUGGUGGCGCCAUCUCGCUGCUGUGGUUCAGGAAACGACUUCCACGCUACGUCUCCAAGUUCAUCGAGCUCUGUGUGGUGGCGACUGCAGACCAUGGCCCGUGCGUGUCGGGUGCGCACAACACCAUCGUAGCGGCGCGAGCUGGGAAGGAUUUGGUCUCCUCGCUGAUUUCCGGCUUGGCAACUAUAGGUCCUCGCUUCGGCGGAGCCCUGGACGACGCGGCCCGCAUGUUCGCUGCCGCCUUGGACGGAGGCCUCACGGCCCCGGAGUUUGUGGAGAAGUGCAAGCAAGAGAAGACCGUGAUCAUGGGCAUCGGUCAUCGCGUCAAGUCGCUGGACAAUCCAGACGCGCGAGUCGUCCUCAUCAAGGAGUACGCAAAGGCCCACUUCCCGGCCACGCCGCUCCUGGACUUCGCACUGGCUGUGGAGCAGAUCACCACCAGGAAGAAGGCAAACCUUAUCCUCAAUGUCGACGGCUGCAUCGCGGUGUGCUUCGUCGACCUGCUGCGCGGCUGCGGGGCCUUCACGAGGAGAGAGGCAGACGAACUGGUCUCCAAUGGGGUUCUCAACGGCCUCUUUGUCUCGUCCCGGACCAUCGGCCUAGUUGGCCAUUUCCUGGACCAGCGGCGCCUCAAGCAGCCCCUCUACAGACAUCCUUAUAACGAUGUCACGUACCUCACCGACAGCUAA